CUCCCCAGUCCCCCCACCAUCACUGUUCUACAGAGGAAGAAAGGGGGAGACGGGCAACCUAUAUUGAACGCUGUAAGUGUAGUUUUUAUAUAUAUACCGAAUAUUGAAAUACACAUAUAUAGCUCCAGUCUCUGCCGGCGUGGCUGCUGAUAACCUUCAAACUUGCCCCGGGUUUAGUUCUCACCAAUAUGAGCGGCAGCGGGCGGCCCAGGACCAGCUCAUUCGCUGAGCCUCCCGGAGCUCCCGGACCUGCUGCAGCCGGAGCCGGAUCGGCAGUAGCCGGCGGAAGCUCGGCAGGAAAAACUGGGGCUUCUCAAGCGAGUGGAAACAGCUCGACGAGCUUUGGAAAUUUGAAACUGCCUAGAGACAGUGGCAAAGUGACGACGGUGGUAGCCACACCCGGCCAGGGCCCUGAUCGCCCACAGGAAGUGUCCUACACAGACAUAAAGGUUAUAGGAAAUGGCUCCUUCGGAGUGGUCUACCAGGCCCGUCUCAUCGACAGCCAGGAGAUGGUGGCGAUUAAGAAAGUUCUCCAAGACAAGAGGUUUAAGAAUAGGGAGCUGCAAAUUAUGAGGAAACUGGACCACUGCAACAUUGUGAGGCUACGUUACUUCUUCUACUCGAGUGGAGAGAAGAAAGAUGAGGUGUAUUUGAAUCUGGUGCUGGAUUUCGUCCCCGAGACGGUGUACAGGGUCGCUCGGCACUUCAACAAGGCCAAGACCACCAUCCCCAUCAUCUAUGUUAAGGUGUACAUGUACCAGCUGUUCCGCAGUCUGGCUUAUAUCCAUUCCCAGGGCGUGUGUCACAGAGACAUCAAGCCUCAAAACCUCCUGGUGGACCCAGAGACGGCCAUCCUCAAACUCUGUGACUUUGGCAGUGCUAAGCAGCUAGUUCGAGGGGAGCCCAAUGUGUCCUAUAUUUGCUCGCGGUACUAUCGUGCCCCAGAGCUCAUAUUUGGCGCCACUGACUACACGUCCAACAUUGACAUCUGGUCAGCCGGCUGCGUGCUGGCUGAGCUGCUACUGGGCCAGCCCAUCUUCCCUGGAGACAGUGGUGUGGACCAACUAGUAGAGAUCAUCAAGGUUUUGGGGACACCCACGAGGGAGCAGAUCCGCGAGAUGAAUCCUAACUACACAGAGUUCAAAUUCCCACAGAUCAAAGCACACCCUUGGACAAAGGUGUUUAAGCCUCGUACCCCACCGGAGGCCAUUGCCCUCUGCUCCCGACUGCUGGAAUACACACCAGUGACCAGGCUGUCUCCCCUGGAGGCCUGCGCGCAUGCUUUCUUCGACGAGCUGCGCCAGCCCAACACCCGCCUGCCCAGCGGAAGAGAACUGCCGCUCCUCUUCAACUUCAGCCCCGUCGAGCUGUCUAUCCAGCCCCAGCUGAACUCCACGCUCAUUCCUCCUCACGCUCGUGCACAGACAUCGCCUGCCUCACACGAGGGCAGCGUGUCAGACAGUACCACCCAGCCCAGCUCAGCACCCGGAUCCAUCAACAACAGCACCUGAGCAUCCAUCCAUAUUUUCUUUUUUUGUCUUCCCCAUUGUCCUUUUCUUUCUGCUGCUCCUCUCCUUCUCAACCUUCGUUCUGGCUCCAAACCCUUAAAAUAGAAAAUAAUUACUAGACAAACCCAUAUAAACACUCAGCGUUUCCCUGAAUGUUAACCGUCUCAAAUAAAAGCAAUGCUUGCAGCACCUCAGGAAGCUGCAGGUUGUUUUAAGGACGUUUAGAUAGCCGUGCUUGUGCUAAAUGAGAGCAGCUGGUCUAGGUCCAGAAUGGCCAUUUUAUGGCCCGUUAGAUUAAAGAAACUUUACAUUGGUUGAGUUGGAUGUUUAGGAAAUGAGCAGCGGGGUUGUACAUGUCAUGUGGAUUUUCUGUAUUAUAAUCAACAGUUGACUUUUAUCCUUUUUAAGUUCCUUUUAUUUGCAUUAGCUACUUUUAUGCGCAGCCAUGGUUGAGAUCCUGACUGGCUGAGGAGUUGAGAUUGGGGGCAGGCCUGACUAAUAUUGACAAUCAUCCAAAGUAGGGUCAAAAAUGCCACACUCAUACUGCACGUAGUGUUGGAUUGUACAGGACACUGUGUAGAGUAGUGCCGUUUCUGUCACUUUCUACCCUGAUCUCUGCUCAACUUGUCCGCUCGUCACAGGGGCGGACACAUAUGAAGAAUUAAAAAAAAAAAAAAAAUACCAAACACAUCAGCUCGAUUUUGUCCUUUUUACAUGGCGAUUUUAAAUUUUAUCACAAAGGAGCGCGCCACAGCUUGUCUUUACCGUUUGUUCGUAUUAGCUCCUCGUCUGCCUUUUAUGUGAAUGAGUGGGAGCUUUGCACGAACAGAGUGCACAUUUUUUAGUUUCCUCAUUAUAAGCUCAUGUCUUCAUUGGUUAAGCUGGAAACCAAGUGUUUCAUGUUAAUUCUCAAGUGAGUAUUGCACACCUCCAAAAGGGAGUAGAGGGAAGCGAAGGGGCGAGUUAUGUGUAACGUCCGGUGGUUAGCAUAAGGUCACACAGAGGGAGCUGUAGGCGUGGAGCUCCAGCUGCAUCUAACAUCACUUGUCAUAAGCAGAUGCUCAUUAAUUAUGCCACUUUACAGUGUUACCUUUCAUAUCAGCUCGACUAUGUUCAACAACAUCAGGUGCAGGGAUACUACUCUGUGCUUUCACUGCUCACUUGAGUCACAAUUUCAAAUUUGUUCAGGAAGACGACUGAAUCAUCUUUUUUUUUUUUUUUUUUUUUUUUUUUUUUUGGUUUGUGAGAGCGAUUUGUUAAAACCCCUUUUCCCCAGACUGGCCUGCCUGUGACGUUCAUAUCAUGUUCUUGUCCUGUUCUGAUCUGGAGUGAUUUACGCUGCGAGCAGUCCACUGUCAGCAUCAGCUAGUUUACCUUCUUCCAACAAACACAAGUGCAUGUAAUGUCCAAGUUGACCGCACUAUAUUAUUCCACUAAUUUCAGUUAUAAUCUGACCAGAAAUUAUGCUCAAAUCCCUGAAACCUGACAGCUUUUGGAGCCUUCCCAUUCCUCCCUGUCUUUAUUCAUCCCUCUGCCUUCUGCUUCCCUCUGUCCUCCUUUUUUCACUGCUAAACUGUAAAUAUCAAGUACCUUUUAUUUUAUUUUGUUAUUUUUUUUUGUUAUUAUUGUUAUUAUAUUGUUGUUCUUGUAUUAUUUUUUUUUUUUUUCUUCUCUAGUAGACCGGCGCAGCAGCGGCCGGACUGUUUAUCCUCAGUCGCAGUCUGUAAAUACGUUUUCAUUUCAGUCCCUGGAUCAGGAGGGGAAAAACAGAACAAAAUGUUUCAUUUUUAAUCUCUCUCCCUCCAUUUCUCUCUUCAUUGUUUUUCCUUUGUCCCCCCCACAAUUGUUGUCAUGACUGUUUUAUUUAUUGUAUUGUGUUUUUUGGGGGGGUGGGGGGUGGGGAGGAGGAAUAUAUUCCGUUGGGGUGGUAAAUUUUUAGCUUUUUUUUUUGUUUUGUUUUGUUUUUUUAAUUCUAGUUUUUAGUCCAGCAAUGUUACAUGCAAAACCAUUUCACAUCCAAGAUACUGUACUCGGAUCCAGACGACGGAGUUUGGUUUCCAAACGGUGGUUUUGUGUGUAUGCAGAUGCACAUGUUAGCCAACAGGUGAACUCCAGUUUUCCAUUUAACUUCAAUGUGAAGGGAAUGUUACAAGUGUCUGGAUCUGUGGGGUCGAGGUGUUGGGAAGGAACGUGGAUCACCUUGUGUGUGGGUGUGUGUGUGUGUCUGGAGGGAAGUGGAAAACAAGUGGAAAACAAAUUUGUCUAUCGACAUGUAUCAUCUCCUUUGUCUGACUGUUUCCUGUUUUUGCUUAAUGUGUAUUGAGUGAGUGAAACAGGUUCAACCUGUUAGUCGAGUAUGAAUGCGGAUGAGUUUCUUGCUGCUGCUGCAGGAAUGUAUGUGUGUUUGUGUGCUGGCGGAUGUUAUUCUCUGAACUGAAAUGAAGAGCUGGCUAAAUGUGCUAUUUUAAAGUAGGUUUGUUUCAUCUUCUGAUCUGCCACAUUCUGUUUUUAAUUUCCUGUGACCCUUCUCUUUUAUUACCCUUGUCGGAGGGUACAAUGUCAUCGUUGGGAACAGAACGGUUGGAUAAAGGAGAUGAUGAAGAGGGAGGGAUUGAGGGAGAGAGACAGUUUUUGUUUGUUGGUAUAAAUAAUUAAGCUCAUUAAUAAAGUGAUGAAACUGUU